UAGCGUUGAAGCGAGAGCUUAGGGUAGCUUAAAAAUAGGUUGGAUAGGUACAGGAAUGGGCGAGAGUAGACGAGUUGGAACUACCUAACAUGGGUCAGUAGGCCUGCAGCAGUUCUCUUCCGUUAUGCUCAUAAUUUCUGAAAUUCACAAAUGUGUCUGCAGGUACUGCCAUGUAGAAGAUACUGACGUAGCAUUGUAUACGCAUGCUUCACCAAGGAGAGGUCAGUGUGGACCAGGUUGCUUGGUGAUGUGUGUUUGUGUGUGUAGUGCAACUCGCUCCCAACAUUCUCCUCAACACCUGGUGCACCUGUGUCUUUUAUCCAAGAAUUUACAAGCGGCAUAAGCGAGAAUUAAUGCUUUGCAAGUGAGUGUGAAGAACUUGCAAAUUCUGGCCGAGAAUUUCACACAGUCGAUGGGUUUUGAAGAGAGAAACAGAGGGAAGUGUUGAGUGUGUGUCCAGACUAUCGACCGGGAAGAUUGCAUGGAGACAGUGAGAGCGUCCAUCACCACGGCAGAAAAGGAGAGGUUGAAGAGGGAAGACCACCUGAAAGUCUUACUCAGUAAGACUCAAGCCAGAGGUCUUGUCCUUCACUCCCCGGUCCCUUACGACGGAGACUGUCUUUUCCACUCCGUCUUGAGACUCGUCCCUUCCUCUCCCCCGGCUGCUGGACUUCUACGAGAUUCUCUCGUCAGGUUCUUCACCAGUCAGAGAUGCUCGAGAGAGCUGAGAGCCACAGCUGACGGAUCAUUCUUGAUGGAGCUCUCCCAGCAACACAGAGACGUCAGCGACGACCGAGUGGUCAAAGGCCUGGCCGAACACCUCUCAGUAGCUAUCAACGUCAUCUCCCUGGACCCGAGUAACAACAAUGAGUCCCAGUUGUCCUAUUACCCGGGUGAGAGACAACCUUCACUCACUAUAUAUAUCGGCCACAUCAAAGACGAGCACUACGUCCCUCUGAGAGUACAAGCCAUUGGGGAGAAGAAGAAGCAGCAGCAGCAUCACCAGCAGAGACCACUACAUCAACAAAAGCAACUGAAGAGAUAUUUCAGUGGAAGGACUGAAAGGCCCCUCAAGCGUAGGGCUCUGAGGAUCCCCUUCUCUCAUAUACAUUAUGUUGCAUGCCCUGAGCCUCUCUGAUGACUGAUACCUGACAAAAACAAAAACAAAAAAAAAAUAUUUCAAUUGCAUAAAAAAUAAAAAAUAAACUAUUUUAUCUGCCAAAAGAGAUUGACUCAAUGAGACAUUUUUGUAAUAUAUUCCUUGGGCCAUUAUUCUUUAGCAUAUUUAUGUCGAAUUAUUAUAUUUCUAGCCGAUUACAUUAUUUUCCUCUGAAUUACUCUUUUUUCAAUAUGGAGUCCUUUAUUUCUUUCUAGAUUCUUUAAUUUCAAUCUAGAUUCCAUUAUUUCUAUCCAGAUUCAUAACGUAUCUUAAAAAUGUCUAAUUCAAUAUCCGACAGUAUUAAUAAUAUUGUUAAAACAGUGAAGACCACAACAUUGUUUUGGAAAUCUAUUACAAUUAAAAAAAAAUCAGGACAAAGAAACCUUGAGUUGGUCGUCUCAAAAGUACCGUAAUAAUAAUUCUAAACUCUAACAAUGAAAAGUUGAAGCGGUUGUAUCUAGGAUUUGUAAUUUCCAGUGAAGGCAUUUGGCACACUAGAUCACUUGAGCUUUAUUGCUCAAGGAGUAUGUGAUAUUGUUGCAUUGCAACAUCAUCAACCUUUCCUAUUGCUUAGUUGACUUAAAUAAAGAUGGCUGACAUGUAGCAGAGAUCCCCAGCAGAAAUAAGUCACAGUGACUUUAUUGGAUUAUCCAAGGUUAAAGCUCUAUAAGGUGGUUUUUAUUUGUCUAAACAUCUAUAUGUCCUCAGGACCAUUGUAAAAGUAGUUUUCUUUAUUAAGUACCCAUUCCAAAAUAAAAACGUACUUAUGCUUAUUAACCUACUUAUUCAUGCUUACUUGCAUACCUAUUAAAAGUAAAAAAAAAUAUGCUACUUUAAUGCUAUUAACUAUUAAG